AUGGGCAAUGCCCGCAACAGCUAUUCAGCCCCUGGAGGAUCAUCUGGUCGAGGAUUUGCAGGUGGCGGAGCAGGUGGUGGGCUCUCUCAUAGGGGCUCUUCUUUUGAUGCCCUCUCCAGUGGUUCUUCUGGUGGGUUAUCCAGUGGGCAGUCAAGUAGGUCUUCCGCUGGAUAUGCUUCUAGAGGACUAACUGGUAGACCAGGACCUGGAUUGAAUGGAGGCUCAUCCCAGCCAUGGCCUUUCCCAGGCGUCCUGCAAGAGGCUAUUGGGGGGAAAAUAGACUCAAACCUCAUUGCCGAAGGCUCUGGAAGUUACUCAAAUGCUAGAUCAUCUGGACCAUUUGGAGGUGGAGCUGUAAGAGGAUCAGAAGCAGGUUUUAGCUCCAUUGGUUCAUUUGGAGGCCGUUCACAAGUAUCUGAUGGAAGCAGAUCUGGAAGCCAUGUUGGAGGAUCUACAAUUAACGGUUUUGGAAAUGGAUUUGGAGGUCAUACCGGAGGACCUGCUAGUAAUGCAUUUGGUAGUCAUGCUAGAGGCUCUGCUGGAAGCAGAGUUGGAAGUGCAGUCAGAGAUUCUUCUGGAAGCAGAUCUGGAAGUUAUGCUGGAGCUGCUGGAAGUGGACGUGGAGGUCAAACUACAGGACUUGCUGGAAGUCAUGCUGGUAGAACAUUUGGAAGUGGAUUUGGAAACCAUGCUGGGGCAUCUGCUGGAAGUGGAUUUCCGAAUAGUUUUGGAAGCUCUACUGGCACAGGAGGAUUUAGCAAUGGGCUUUCUGGUACCUCCUUUGGAGGUAGAACCUCUGGUGGAAGCUUUGCUGGAUCUAAUGGUUAUAACCCACCUCACUAA